UAAACAUCGCCAUCACCUAAUUGCUGGUCCAAGCGAUUUCACACGUGCUCCCUUCCCUUUCCACGCCGGAAACCCCUCCCUCUGUAGUCGUCUUCUCCAACCCCACCCCUCCCUACUCAAUCUGCCAGACUAAUCUGAACCCUAGAAAUUUCCCCCUUCCUACCCCACUUCCCCAGCUUAUGUAUGUGUUCAAUCCGACUUUAAGUUUUUAUUUUCGUUCGGAUCACAAAAUCUUAACUUACAUGAUUUUUAAUUUUAUUUCCAUUUCCUCUUUUUCCUGCCGUGUGUGUGACCUACUUCACUGGAAAUUGAAAACUAGUGUUGGUUUGCUCUGCUAUAUAUAUAUAUAUAUAUAUUGUCAAGAGGUAUGGGGGCGGUGACGUCGUCGAUGGCGGCGAAGUUCGCAUUCUUCCCGCCGAAUCCGCCGUCGUAUUCUCUCGGAGUUGAUGAGGUGACCGGGAAUCAGACGAUGACUGGGGUGGCCUUGAGGGAGAACGUAGACGUGUUGAAGCUUUGCACUAAGAGGGGGAAAAACAUCGUGGCGAUUUACAUCAAGAACCCAUCGGCGUCGCUCACGAUGCUUUACUCGCACGGAAACGCAGCUGAUCUGGGUCAGAUGUACGAGUUGUUCAGUGAACUCAGUGUCCACCUACGAGUCAACCUGAUGGGCUAUGACUAUUCUGGGUAUGGACAGUCCUCAGGGAAGCCAAGUGAGCAGAACACUUAUGCAGAUAUAGAAGCUGCUUAUAAAUGCCUGUUGGAUAAGUAUGGAGCAAAAGAAGAAGAUAUUAUCCUGUAUGGGCAAUCUGUUGGCAGUGGACCUACUACAGAUUUGGCUACCGGUUUACCAAACCUUAGGGCUGUAAUUCUCCACAGCCCAAUCUUAUCUGGCCUCCGAGUUAUGUAUCCUGUGAAGCGGACAUACUGGUUUGACAUUUAUAAGAAUAUUGAUAAAAUCCCCUCUGUCAAUUGUCCUGUUCUGGUAAUUCAUGGAACUGCAGAUGACGUAGUUGAUUGCUCCCAUGGCAAACAACUUUGGAACUUUGUAAAGAAAAAUAUGAGCCCCUGUGGAUUAAAGGAGGAAAUCACUGCGACCUUGAGCUUUACCCCCAAUAUAUAAAGCACCUCAAGAAAUUUAUUGCUGCCAUUGAGAAGUCUCCACGUCAAAGAAAUGGACCUGGACUCAAUCCUGAUCAACUGGACAAAUCCCGAAAUAGCACAGACUUUAGAGAAAAACCCAGAGCCAGCAUGGAUCAAAGGGAAAAUCUUUU